ACUUUUUAAUUAUUUUAUAAUUAAUUUCUAAUUCUAUUUCUCUAUUUAUAUAUAUAUAUAUAUAAAUAAACAUACCUCACAAAAAUAAACAUAAUACCCACAACAAUUUCUUCUUUUUUUGACUUCUCUGUUUUCCUUCAUUCUCUAUUCUUGUAGUAGAGAAAAAUACCCAAAAAAACAAAAAAACAAAAAAAUUGUUCUUCGAUCUUUGUUUCCGAUUUCUACCAUGGGAAGAGGUAAGAUUAUGAUCAAGAAAAUCGAGAAUGUCAACACCCGUCAAGUUACCUUCUCGAAAAGGCGAGGCGGGUUGAUAAAGAAGGCGGAUGAACUCUCUGUCUUGUGUGAUUGUGAGAUUGCUCUUAUUAUCUUUUCUUGCACCGGGAAGAAGCAUGAAUUUGUCAGCAGAAAGACUUCCAUGGAUAGAAUCCUGAGAAGGUAUAGGGAUUUCAUGGCCAACUCUCCUGCUACCGCCCUAUCAAGCUCCUCCAAUGCAGCUACUGUUGAGCAUCAACAACUGGUUGAGCAGUACAAUCCAGAGUCUGAUGUGAAUACUAUGAGGGCUGAAAUUUCAAGGCUACGAACUUUAUGCCUGCAGCUGCAAGGGAGAGAAUUGGAAGGCUUGAAUCACAGGGAACUUCAAAUGUUGGAGCAGCAGUUACUUGAUGGGAUUUCUUCUGUCAGAAAUAAGAAGGAUCACUUACUACUGGAGCAGCUUGAGAAAUCCAAAUUACAAGAGGAGAAGCUUAACAGAGAAAACAUAGGUUUUCACCAAGAAAUCAUGGGCCUUAAACAACUUCUGAAGUCAUCUUGCAGCUCCGAAUCUAACUCGUUGAAAAGAAAGCGCACUGAAGGUGCCACUAUGGAGAAAGAAGUUGAGUCUGAACAUUUUCUGCGCUUAGGGUUGUCAACUGUAGGGGGAUGCUGUGAUCAGGUGAUGCCAAAGACAGAGAGUACCUCGGACAAUUCUAUUGCUCCAAAUGCAGUGUUAGAAUCAUGAAACAACAGAUAGCUAGAUCUAUGUUGAUUAGCCAUGGUUGUGUCCCAACUAGCCUCCGUAGUUAGUACAGUUAGUUGAGUUUCAUGUAGUUUUAGUAGUAAGUUGACAAAUUCAAUAUAGUUCUAUAGUAGUGGCAGUUUGGGUUUUAUACAAAAAACUUCUAUAGUGGUUAAUUGGAGAUGCAUUCAUGCCUCCCUUUUUAAUAGAAAAUUUUAGUUCUUUCA